AUUCCCUCAGGAGCCCAGUCACCAAGAGGAGCCUCUGCACGCAUGUCAAUCCUCCUCCUCAUCACUAUCUUUGCCUUUUCGGCUUGUGUCAUGUAUCUGGUGUUCAGAAAUUUCCCAGAACUGAGCGAAGACGAGAGAGAAAAAAUACAAAUUCCUAAAGACAUGGAUGAUGCCAAGGCAUUGGGCACAGUACUGUCCAAAUACAAGGACACAUAUUACACCCAAGUGCUUUUAGCGUACUUUGCAACAUACAUCUUCCUUCAGACGUUUGCCAUUCCAGGCUCAAUAUUUCUCAGUAUACUGUCUGGUUAUCUCUAUCCUUUUCCAAUAGCUCUCUUCCUGGUCUGUCUGUGUUCAGGCCUUGGAGCGUCUUUUUGCUAUAUGUUGUCUUAUUUAGUCGGGAGGCCGAUGGUGUAUAAGUACCUCACAGAGAGAGCUCAGAAAUGGUCACAACAGGUGGACAAGCACAGAGAGCAUCUCAUUAAUUACAUCAUUUUUUUGAGAAUAACUCCUUUUCUUCCAAACUGGUUCAUCAACAUCACCUCGCCGGUCAUUAAUGUGCCUCUGGGUGUCUUCUUCCUGGGCACCUUUCUUGGAGUGGCCCCUCCAUCCUUCGUGGCGAUAAACGCAGGGACGACGUUGUACAAACUGACCACAACUGGCGAGGCCGUGUCCUGGAACUCUCUUCUGGUGUUGGGGGUUUUAGCUGUGGUCUCCAUCCUGCCAGUCUGCUUUCAGAAGAAACUCCAGCAGAAACUUGAGUAGAGAUCACCACCUCUGCUUGAUUCAACUCAGGAAUGAUUCUGGUUCUCUAAACUUCUCCUUGCUUUCUUCUCUUCUUUUAUGCAUGUAUGACAAACCCUUGUUUCAUCAUAUAACGGGCAGCCAGUGGCUGUCAGGACUGGCCUUCCAUUGUUUCAACAGUACUUUCAUGGGAUUUAAAAUUCUGUCAGCACUUAUUCCCUCUAGCUUUAAGCAAUAUUUUCCACAUCGAUGUCUUCAGCGGAUUUUCAUUUUCUCAAUAUUUUCCACAAAACAGCAAUGGUUUAUGUGAGAUAGACUGGAAAGAGACAUAUUUUCACUCCCUCUGAAGUUGCUGAGCUAAAAUGGAAAGUGCCAACUUCAACCUUUUUUACUGCUGAUUUAAUAUUCAAAUGUGUUUGAGAAUGAGGUAUUACAUGCAUCAGAAACCUUUUGAGGGUGAGCUUUGUGGGUUUACUGCUUUUCUUUCUUAUUUCUCAUGCCAGCUGAGACUGCAGUAGGGAUCUGAAUGGACGAUCUCUUAACAGUGCCCUGUGUACUGCUGCUAACUGUAGAUGAUAGUGCUUAGCUGUUGUUAUAGACUUAAUUUUCCCCCAAAACUGAUCAAUAUGGAUGAUGCCACAUUAGUAUUACAGAUCAAGACUGUAGAUUGCAUAUAGAUAGGUUCUGCCUUAACAUAAGUUACUUGAAGUAAAAGAAAUGGAGCGAAUAUCCUGAUGUCUCGCAUACUGAGUCACGCAUAACUUCAAACCAUUUUUCAUUCUUUACAUUUGGACAAAAUGCCAAAUGAUUGAUUUUUUUUUAAUGAAAUAAUUUAUAAUUUAAGUUGUAUAAUAUUGUGUUUCAUUUAUAUAUUUGUUUUUAGCCACGUGACAGAGGGAAGUAUUAAAUUCUGGAAAUAUAGGAGAUUUGUAACUGUUACAGUUGGUUUCGUGGACCUAGUCGAGCCAAUUCACUGUAAACCAUUUUAAAUUCAAUCUGUCUAUUUAAUGGAAUAGUUCACCCCAAAAAAUUUAAAUUAGCUGAAACUUCAUGCACCCUGAG